UGCUCCAUUGUCUAUGGACAAUUCCUCAUUACGUAAACUACGACAAGCACCGAUUUUUUAAAAGAAAUUAUUUUCUAUUGCACAUUCCGACGAACAUUUGAAAAACGAACAUGUUUUCUACCGUUGGUAGAGCUGGUCUCCUGGCCACGAGAACGGUAGUAAACAACUCCUUGGCUGAGAAGACUCCAUUGGUUGCCGGAGCCCUAGUGAACAAACGUGACUAUGCAGCCAAAGCCGCAGCCGCAGGAAAAGGGUCAGGUAAGGUGGUGGCAGUCAUCGGUGCUGUCGUGGACGUUCAAUUUGACGAUAAUCUUCCGCCUAUCCUAAAUGCCCUGGAAGUUCAAAACCGAACGCCUAGACUCGUCCUCGAGGUGGCACAGCACUUGGGUGAAAACACCGUACGUACUAUUGCCAUGGACGGUACUGAGGGUCUCGUCCGUGGACAACCUGUCCACGACUCCGGCUCACCCAUUCGUAUUCCUGUCGGCGCUGAAACUCUCGGUCGCAUCAUCAACGUCAUCGGAGAACCUAUUGACGAGCGCGGCCCCAUCCCCACCGACAAAACUGCCGCCAUCCACGCCGAAGCCCCCGAAUUCGUCGAAAUGUCCGUGCAGCAGGAGAUUCUAGUAACGGGUAUCAAGGUCGUCGACCUCCUCGCCCCAUAUGCCAAAGGAGGCAAGAUCGGUCUGUUCGGCGGCGCCGGUGUCGGCAAGACCGUACUCAUCAUGGAGCUGAUCAACAACGUCGCCAAGGCUCACGGAGGUUACUCCGUGUUCGCCGGCGUCGGGGAGCGCACCCGCGAGGGUAACGACUUGUACCAUGAAAUGAUUGAGUCCGGAGUCAUCUCCCUGAAGGACAAGACUUCCAAGGUAGCUCUUGUGUAUGGUCAGAUGAACGAGCCCCCCGGCGCCCGCGCCCGUGUGGCUCUCACCGGGUUGACUGUGGCUGAGUACUUCCGUGAUCAAGAGGGCCAGGAUGUGCUGCUCUUCAUUGACAACAUCUUCCGUUUCACUCAGGCCGGUUCAGAGGUGUCUGCUCUGCUGGGUCGUAUUCCAUCUGCUGUGGGUUACCAGCCCACGCUGGCCACAGACAUGGGUACCAUGCAGGAGCGUAUCACCACCACCAAAAAGGGUUCCAUCACCUCUGUACAGGCUAUCUAUGUGCCAGCUGAUGACUUGACUGACCCUGCCCCAGCCACCACUUUUGCUCACUUGGACGCCACCACUGUGCUGUCUCGUGCUAUUGCUGAGCUCGGCAUCUACCCUGCUGUGGACCCUCUCGACUCUACAUCUCGUAUCAUGGACCCCAACAUCAUUGGCGCCGAGCACUACAAUGUGGCACGUGGUGUUCAGAAGAUUCUACAGGACUACAAGUCACUUCAGGACAUCAUUGCUAUCCUGGGUAUGGAUGAGUUGUCUGAGGAAGACAAGCUGACUGUAGCACGUGCACGUAAGAUCCAGAGGUUCCUGUCACAGCCCUUCCAGGUUGCCGAGGUAUUCACUGGACACGCUGGAAAACUUGUACCUUUGGAGGAAACCAUCAAAGGUUUCUCAAAAAUCCUCCAGGGCGAGUAUGAUCAUUUACCAGAAGUAGCAUUCUACAUGGUGGGCCCUAUUGAAGAAGUUGUAGCAAAGGCUGAAACUCUAGCCAAGAGUGCAUAAAUGUGUACUGAGAACUGAUAUUAGUGCAAUAGUUAUCUAAACACUCAUGUUAUUUAUUAUUAUUAAACUAUUGUACUGUAUGUUAGGGACAAAAUUAAUAAAAUAAUAAUACCAUCUAUCAUGCAAUACCUAGUGAUUUAUAAAGCAAUUAAAGAAACUAAAUAUU